AUGCGGGAACGAGCCUACAAGCAAAGAAUGCUUCAGGUGCAGAGUGGCGUGAAGGCUGUUGCACACCAGGCAUUGGCCGAAUGGCUGAUGGUUCUCCUCGGGAAGGUGCUGGCAAGGGGGAGCUUGACAGACGCAAGCGGAGGCCAGGGCGAGAAGGAUCAAGGCCACAUCGGCUGCAGCGACCGGGAGGCGAAGACGGAGCUUGAUGAGGAUGCGGAACAGGGCCGGAGCAAUGUCAAGGCCGAGCGCCUCACAAGGCGCAGCAUGGAGCCACGCCCCGGCAUGCGGCUGCCGUUGGAGUUGCAGGUUGGCCCGGAAGGCUUCACGGCCGGCGCCGGGGACAAGGAGCUGCUCGAUCACAGCGCGAUCCAGCGCCUGCGACAACGAUUGUUGUCGGGUAGAAGGCGGCGCAGGGACCGGGACAUGGUCGGCGGGCAGCACGAGCUGGUUGUGGAGGGCAGUGGCAGCGUCGAAGAGUGGCCAGGCCGCCUCACGAACUCGGCAGGGUUAGUGAGCAACAAGGCAACCUAA